CUUUUAAAGUUUUUUCAAUAAACUUAAAAGUAAUGUAGUAAGAAUACAUUGAAAAAUUAAUUGCAAGAACAGUGUAAUUAUCUUAUAUUUUUAUGAAAUUUCAUUUUAUAUAAACCCAUCCUAACACAACCAAACAUAAUUUAUUGAUGAAUAAAACUCAUUUUGUGUGUUGUAUUAAAAUUUUUUUUUGUUUCCGUAUUUAAUAUAAAAGUUUUAAAUAUUAAAUCAUAUAUUUCUUUUUAUUUACAAUGGCUCUUACAAAUAAAUUACUACUCAGUCAAAUUGCUGGCUAUACAAUAGCUACAAUUCUUUCACUAUGCAUAAUUAUACCUAUGAGUCUUCAUCAAGAUGAAUUUAAAGGACAUUGUCUAUUAUUUUCUUCUGGUCAAUGGUUAGAAAAAAAUGGGCAGUUUCUUGUUAACUGGGCUUCACAGGCAUAUUGCAAUUAUUCUAUUUUUGUUGGUGUUUUAUUAUUGGUAAUUUCUUCAAUUCAAACUUACAGAAUGUCUAUUUUUGCUUAUAAAGGAACUGACAGUUCAUUUUUAUUAACAUUUGUGGAUUCUGUAACAUGUGGGCUAAUGUGUCUUUUCACAAUUAAUGCAGCUCUUAUAAUAACAUUUGGAUUUAUGACAUGGUGUAAUGAUAUGAUUGAAAGAUUUCCAUCAUGUGAAAUGGCAGCUGGUAAUCCAAUUGAUAUUCAAGAUGGAAUAGAUACUUCAGGAUUUUAUUUCCAAUUGGGUGUUGCACAGUUUGGUAUAUGGGCUUCGUGGUCAUGCUGGAUUGGUUUAACUGUUUGUUCUUUGUGUAAACUUUGUUACUAUCACCAAAUGAGUAAUAUGAAAGCAUCAAUGCUAAGAGAAAGACAAAAACUUAUUGAUGAAGGUAUGGCUGUACCUACUCAAGUAAGCUCAUAUGUAGCACAAACUGAUAGUACAUCAAAUGAUGUUAAUGAACAAAAAAAUGAAACACAACUACAUACAAAAUAGUCAAUUUUUUUUAUAACUAAUUAAUAUGUUUAUAUUUUGUUAUUGUAUAAUAUGAACGUCCAUAUAAUACACGUUUAUUCAACAUUUUUAUGUUUACCAUA